GGACGCUGUUGUUUCGUAAGACGUUUGCUAACGGAAGUAGCAACGAUACCGUAGUUGAGACAAACAACCUCAGUCUUUAUAAAUAAGAUGGAGGUGGAUCAGUUGCUGUCUCUCUCUGGUUCUGCUCUGGCUCAGGCUAUAAGCUCUCUUCUGGAAACCCCAGGCCUCUACGUGUUCUCAGACAUACUAGAACUGCCCAAUGUCCGUGAGCUAGAGACGGGUCCCCAUGCUCCAGUCUACCAGCUUCUCAAUCUUUUUGCGUAUGGAACCUACACCGACUACAAAGAAAGAGCCGGCUCGCUUCCUGAGCUUACACCUGCCCAAAGAAACAAACUUCGUCACCUGUCAAUCAUCAGUCUCGCCUCCAACCUAAAGUGUCUGCCAUACUCGCUACUGCUCCAGCAGUUAGAAUUGAAGAAUGUGCGUGAGCUGGAAGACCUGCUGAUCGAGGCUGUUUACAGUGACAUUAUACACGGCAAACUGGACCAGAGGAACCAGCAGGUAGAGGUGGAUUGCAGCAUAGGUCGAGACCUGGGCCCCAACGAAUUACCCAACAUUGUCAACACACUGCAGGAGUGGUGUUCAGGCUGUGAAGCAGUUCUGUGUGGUAUUGAGGAGCAGGUGUCAAGGGCAAAUCAGUACAGAGAGAGCCAGCUCAAGGUCAAAGUACAAGUGGAGACAGAGGUAUCAAACCUACAGAAAACCCUAAAGGCAAGCUCAGCUUCCCCAUCAUCUGGCCCCGCCCCUGCUGGGGCAGCAUCCAAUCAGGAUGCAGAUCAGCCCGCUGAGCCAAGAGACCCUGCUUCCUCUCAGGAGCCACGGCAACCAGGAAAAAAGAGUUCGAAGGUCAAAGGGUAAGGUUGCGUGGAAGUGGAAAGAUUUGGUCAAAAUCUAAUUGAUCUCAAGAACUCGGAUCAGUCUUCAAUAACCUGCUCACAGACAGACAGUAAUUUUUCUUGAAAGCUUGCUGGAUAGAUAAACAAACAAACUGAUGGUCAAUUUUUAGACACAAGCCAUCAACUUCUAAAACAAAUAGACUCUUACACAAUUCUGUGUGUGUGUGCGAGUAUGUGUGUGUUUAUGUAUGCUGUAAAUGUCAUUAAUUUGACUCAUGCUCAUUUUGCUUUUGUGUGUUUGUUUUGUUCAUUAUUAAAUCUGGAUGUAAAUGGAUGACACCUAUGAAUAAAUGAUAUCCAUCUGU